UUUCAGCUUAGCAAGCUUUGUGUACCAGUGUCUUGGUCUUUCUGCAACAAGCUAAGUGACCAGACCACAAGCUAUAUAGGGCCGGGCGGCGAUGAGCAUGUCGAGGGACCCGCUCGUGGUCGGCAACGUCGUCGGCGACAUCGUGGACUACUUCCCUGCGUCGGCGCUGCUCCGGGUGUCCUACGGCGGCCGCGAGAUGACCUGCGGGUCGGAGCUGAGGCCGUCGCAGGUGGCGACCGAGCCGGCGGUGAGCAUCACCGGCGGAGGCCACGACGGCAGGGCACUCUUCACGCUCGUGAUGGUGGACCCUGACUCGCCUAGCCCAAGCAACCCCUCCAAACGGGAGUACCUCCAUUGGUUGGUGACUGACAUACCAGAAGGAGCUGGUGCCAAUCAUGGAAACGAGGUGGUGGCGUACGAGAGCCCGCGGCCAACGGCGGGGAUCCACCGGUUCGUGUUCAUCGUGUUCCGGCAGGUGGUGCGGCAGGCGAUCUACGCGCCAGGGUGGCGCGCCAACUUCAACACCAGGGACUUCGCCGCCUGCUACAGCCUCGGCGCCCCCGUCGCCGGCGCCUACUUCAACUGCCAGAGGGAGGGCGGCUGCGGUGGCCGGAGGUACAGGUGAAGCGAUCAAGAAAUAAGCCAUCGGGAGCUAGCCGGUGGUGAUUAUCAAAGGAAAACGGAUAUAUAUAGCGAUGGGGAAAAAAAUUAUGGGACACACAAUAAUGCAUGGAGUGUAUAGGCUCCUAUGCACCGUAUUGUUUCUAAUCCAUCUACGAUGUGCAUGAUUGAUGAGGCUGUUAA